AUGAAGGAAGGAUUCGCAAAGGGCGUCACUGGUGGUGGGAGUGCAACGCCUGUCUAUCCGAGUACUACCGCUGAACUUGUCUCUUAUCUUGGAGACAGCUCGGCGCGAGUGAUUGUGCUGUCGAAAACAUUCGACUUCACGAGUACCGAAGGUACAACGACCGCGACUGGAUGUGCGCCAUGGGGGACUGGCUCUUCGUGUCAGUUGGCCAUCAACCAGAACAGUUGGUGUGACAAUUACCAGGCGAGUGCUGCCAAGGUCUCUGUCUCAUAUUAUAACGCCGGAGUCCUUGGCAUUACGGUGAACUCAGACAAGACUUUGAUUGGAUCUGGUUCUAGCGGUGUGAUCAAGGGUAAGGGACUGCGGAUUGUCAGCGGCGCAAGCAAUAUCAUCAUCCAAAAUAUUGCCAUUACCGAUAUCAAUGAAAAGUAUGUUUGGGGAGGUGACGCACUCACCAUCAACAAUGCUGAUAUGGUCUGGAUUGAUCAUGUUACGACUGCACGAAUUGGCCGCCAACAUCUUGUUCUGGGCACCGACGCAUCGAAGCGCGUCACAAUCUCGAACAACUAUUUCAACGGCGUUGCAAGCUACUCAGCCACAUGCAACAGUUACGCGUACUGGGGCAUCUACUUCGCCGGAUCGAGUGAUCUGAUUACCCUGAAGGGCAACUAUAUAUACCACUUCAGCGGUCGCAGUCCCAAAGUCCAAGGAAAUACGCUUCUCCACGCAGUCAACAAUUACUGGUAUGAUUCCACCGGACAUGCCUUCGAGAUUGGAUCUGGCGGCUACGUUCUCGCAGAGGGCAAUGUCUUCCAAAAUAUCGCCACUAUUGUCGAGGGAACCGUCGAGGGACAGCUGUUCACCUCACCGGAUGCCACCACAAACAAGGUCUGCUCGACUUAUUUGGGACACGUAUGCCAGGUGAAUGGAUUUGGAAGCUCAGGAACUUUCAGUCAGUCGGAUACGAGUUUCCUGGUUAACUUCAGUGGGAAAAAUAUUGCGUCGGCGGAUACGUAUAGCGUGGCGCAGAGCAGUGUUCCUUCGAACGCGGGACAGGGAAAGCUGUAG